AUGAGAGCAGCUCGCAUUUUGAUGAACGAAGCAAAAAAACAGGGCCGUGCUAGAGUGCCUGUUCCAGUGGAGAUGUACCCAUUGUUUGCUGCCAUGGGUGUGGCCGUUUGCUCUUUGGGCUACUUCACCUAUAGACACUUCGCCUACGACAAGCAAUUGAGGUUGUGGAAAAACCCAAACUUGUCUCGUGUUGACGAUGUUUUGAACGAGGCUGCCCAGCAAGAGAAGAAGGAGGCGGAAUCCGAGUAA